AUGGAAAACGGCUACACGUCGGCCACUGCCUAUCAAGGUCCAAACCACACCGAACCGAUGCGGAAGCUCACCAGAGUCCGCACGGAUGUCCUUCCGAGUACAACCAUCACCGCUGGACUCCCGCAAGUCAACCCAUUCUCUCGUCCAAAGAGCUUCAUAAAGGGAAUGGUCCAUGCAGUCUUGGCUACUGCAAUCUUCAGGUGUUGGCACUUCAUCCUCUUCUAUUCCCUUGAAGCUUUUGUGGUCACCUACUUCUACAUGGUCCAUGGCAAGACCUUUCUGGCUAUCGAAAAUACCUUGAUGAACGUUUUGGGAACUGUGUUGGGUUUCGUCAUAGGCUAUAGAAGCAGUGCCAGCUUUGAGAGAUACAAUGAAGGUCGACGCUUUUGGAGCCAAGUCGUUUUGAACGUCCGCAUGUUCGCUCGGACAGUGUGGUUUCAUGUACCUGAUGGACCGACAAACGGUAUGCAAAUGGGGCCAGCAAAGGAUGUCAGCGAAUACAAAGCAAGAACCCUCGUCGAGAAGAAGACUGUUCUAAAUCUGCUAGAGGCUUUUGCCGUCGCCUCAAGCACUAUUUGCGAGGAGAAACGAUUUCUCCCCGCUUAUGCCCUUCCUGCUGGGUACGAAAUCCAGUGGCCAGACCCCCGUAAUCCCAAAGCACGAACUUCUUCCCAGAUUCCUCGGGCAUCAGCUCAGGUGAAUCGGUCCUCCUUUCAGGUCCAUCAAGAUGGUCUGCCGCUACCCGCGACGACAAAACAACGGGGGCCAACUCUCAACGUUCAGCCACCUUCACUUGACGAGAAGCGAGGUAUGAGUGAAUCUACGGCACACGAGAAUAUCAUCUACCUCGCACCGUCGCGGGAUCCUCCUCCAUAUCACAUUUUCGACUUUUGGCCCAUGUCGCUCUUCGUCCGCAGUUUGCAAAAAGGUGGCAAGGAGCUCAAGGGCAGGAAGGCUCUCAGAGAUCGGGCAAAAAAUCCCUCCAAUUCGGACAACGUCGCUCUUGAAAUCUCGCUCUACCUCAGUAGCUAUGUUGCCUCUCUCCAACAGCGCGGUCUCGACGGCCUAACUGCUGGGACUUUGAUGGGUGCAUUGGGACAGUUAAGAGUGUUGUCCACACCGGUUCCAUGGGCUUAUAACGUUCACAUUUGGUUCGUCGCGCUGAUCUGGCUUUUGCUUCUGCCUUUCCAGAUCUUGAAGCCACUUGGCUGGCUUACAAUCCCGGGGGUGGCGCUUGCGUCCUUUGUAUAUUGUGGUCUGAUGAAAUGCGCCGAAGAGAUUGAGGAUCCUUUCGGAUACGACUACAACGAUCUCAACUUGGAUCACUUCACGCACAACAUCAUUCGCAAGGAGCUCGCCUCGCUCACGGCCCUCCCCAUGCCCGAUCCGACCAAAUGGGCGUUUUCGCCGGAGAAUGAUGCCGUGUUCGACGUCGACGGCAAUGCGAUCUACCUCGACCCAGAUUCACUCGCUCCACCGAGAAACGACGCGCCUGUUACUCCGAUUCCUAUUCCAGCUAAGACACUGUCUCCACCAUUGGAGAGAAUGGCAUCGCCAGCGACCAUACGAAGCAGCAUCGACGGUUCCUCGACGCAAGGUGCAAUAGGUGCCGGCGUCCUCCAACCAGGCGGAUCGCUCAGUGCACACAAGUCGUCUUUUGGUAGUCCUGACGGUGCUGGACUGGUUGCUGGGGCUGCAGUUGCUGCUGCUGGGAUCAAUGCCGAAGUCGUUCCUUUCGACUUUACCAACUCUCCAUCUCCCCCGCCCACAGGGGUGUAA